AAAAUUUGUCAACCCUAUGCGAUGCGAUGCGAUGAGAUUCACUGAUCGACUCACCACCGGGUACUGCUAGAUUCCGUCAUUCAAGCAUUCCUCCGAUCUCCCAAACCCUAAUUUUAUACCACCAGAUCAAUAUCUAUACAUACAUACAUACACUAUAGAUAUACGCACGCAACCCUAAGUUCGAGAUGGAAGAGUACCCGGAGGAGCUGCGAACGCCGCCGGUGGCGCUGGUGGCGGCGGUGGGGUGUCCGGAGCUACACACGGCGAUCUCCACGCACCUCCACUCCGAGCAGCCGCCGAUAAACACCCUAGCCCUACCGGACUUCUCGAAGAUCUCCGUCAUCGCCAAGAGGGCAAAGGAGGGCUCUGAGGCAGGCCAAUUCAGCGGCAUUUUGAAAAGGGAUUGGCUUCUGAAGCACCGCACCAUGGUGCCGGCUGUUGUCGCCGCGCUUUUCGGCUCCGAUCAUGUGAACGGGGACCCUGCCCAGUGGCUUCAGGUCUGCACCGAUCUCGAGAACCUCAAAGCUGUAAUUAAAGGAAGGAAUAUCAAACUGGUUCUGGUUUUGGUUGUGCAGUCCACUUCUAAGGAUGAAAUCAGUGAAGAUCGAAUGAUUGCUCUGCGAAAGCGUGCUGAAGUAGAUUCCAAGUACAUUGUUGUCUUUGACCCGAACAAUGCAAUGGAGCUAAAGCAAUCCCUCAGCAGGCUGGGGAACACAUUCUCAGAAUUAGCAAAUACAUAUUAUCGGGAUGAAGGACGAAGGAUCAAAGCACGUCUUGAUAGGAAGAGCCUCGGUUCUGUAGAGUUGAGUAUCCGCUAUUGCUUUAAGGUUGCUGUAUAUGCAGAGUUUCGGAGAGACUGGGUUGAAGCUUUGAGGAUGUAUGAGGAUGCAUAUAAGACAUUGCGUGAGAUGAUUGCGACAUCAACAAGAUUACCCCCAGUUCAGCGAUUAGUUGAGAUUAAAACUGUUGCAGAGCAAUUACACUUCAAGAUAUCAACCUUGCUCCUGCAUGGUGGGAAGGUUGUAGAAGCAAUCACAUGGUUCCACCAACACAAUGCUUCUUACAAGAGGCUCGUGGGAGAGCCUGAAGUUAAUUUUCUUCAUUGGGAAUGGUUGAGCAGGCAAUUUUUAGUUUUUGGCGAGUUACUAGAGACAAGCUCUGCUUCCAUCCAAAGCACGUCCUCUCCAGUUUUAGGUGCUACAGAUAGAGUGAGUGAAUGGGAGUUGUCUUCAGCUUAUUAUUAUCAGUUAGCGGCUCAGUACUUGAAGGAGAAAAGAUCUUGCUUGGAACUUACUCUGUCGAUGUCAGAAACUGCUACUGAUAUUGACAGUAAUGCUGAAUCUGUUGCGCCUUCAGUUUACGUGGGCCAAUUUGCUCGUUUACUUGAGCUAGGGGAUACAUAUGUUAUGCAACCUCUUUCUGAUGAAGAAUUUGUCCGUUAUGCUUUAGCUGAAGGAAAGAGAUUCCAGGAUUCCUCCGAAAUUAUGGCACUGCUAAAAAGGUCUUUUGAAUCAUACACUAAUUUCAAUGCCCAGAGAAUGGCCUCUUAUUGUGGGUUCGAGAUGGCCAGGGAAUACUUUGCUGUGAACGAUUACCCUAAUGCAAAAGAGAUUUUUUAUAGUAUUGCAAGUCUUUAUAGAAAAGAGGGUUGGGUCACUUUAUUAUGGGAGGUCUUGGGUUAUCUACGAGAGUGUUCAAGGAUUCUUGGUAAGAUGAAGGAUUUUGUGGAGUACUCCCUUGAAAUGGCUGCAUUGCCAGUAUCAUCUAUUGCUGGUGUCCAAUCCUUAGGUUUCAAGGAAUGUGGGCCUGCUGGCCCUGCAAGUUUCUCACAGAGAGAAAUCAUACACACUGAAGUGUUUGAGCUUGUCCGAGGAGAAACUGGUCUGGCGUCAAAUGAAGGAAACAAUAGUUUCAAAGUAACUGGUGAUCAACCCCUUCGUCUUGAGAUUGAUCUUGUUAGUCCCCUCAGAGUGGUACUUCUUGCAUCGGUUGCUUUUCACGAACAGAUAGUCAAGCCUGGGGCACCCAUUUCAAUUACACUGUCCCUUCUGUCACAGUUGCCACAUACUGUAGAGAUCGAUCAGUUGGAUAUCCAGUUCAAUCAACCUUUGUGUAAUUUUACUAUUGUGAAUGGCCAGAGACCUAAGUCGGAUGAAAUCUCCGAUGGUCAGACGGACCAAAGGGUUGAGACUGCUCCCGUUCUGGCGCUUUCAACAAAUAAAUGGCUACGGCUAACGUAUGACAUCAAAUCUGAACAAAGUGGAAAGCUUGAAUGCAUUUCUGUUGUUGCAAGAUUGGGACCUUACUUCACUAUCUGUUGCAUGGCUGAAAGCCCUGCCUCAUUGAACGACUUACCACUUUGGAAAUUUGAAGACCGUAUGGAAACUUUUCCAAUCAAAGAUCCUGGUCUUGCAUUCUCUGCUCAGAAGGCCACUCAGGUCGAAGAACCGGACCCGCAAGUGGAUGUUAAACUAGGAGCUUUGGGGCCUGCAUUAGUCGGUGAAAAUUUUGUUGUACCUGUUACCAUUUCAGCUAUGGCCCACGCCGUUUACUCCGGUGAACUGAAGAUUAACUUAGUAGAUACAAGAGGUGGUGGCUUGCUCAGCCCAAGGGAAGUAGACCGGACUUCUGCAGACAGUCUUCAUGUUGAACUCCGUGGCAUAUCUGGACUUCAAUGUGAAGACGAAUCUCAAUUUGGUAUUGAAAAAAUCCGGAAAAUUCAGCAUUCUUUCGGUUUGAUUUCUAUUCCGUUUCUGAAAGAGGGAGACUCAUGGUCUUGUAAUCUAGAAAUCAGAUGGCAUCGCCCUAAACCGAUCAUGCUUUAUGUUUCUCUAGGAUACUCUCCGCAUAGCGAUGACCUAGGCACCCAAAAAGUUCAUGUCCACAGAAGCUUGGAGAUAGAAGGAAAGACCGCUGUUGUGUUUAGCCAUCACUAUAUGUUGCCUUUCAGGCGGGACCCAUUAUUGCUUUCAAAGCUCAAGGUGGGUCCCAAUUCUGAUCAAAUGCCAUCACUUCCUGCCAAUGAAACUAAUGUACUUAUUGUUACUACGAAGAACAAUGCGGAAGUGCCGUUGCGGUUACUCUCUAUGGUUAUUGAGGUAGAAGAUGAGAGCGAUAGCGGGAACUCUGCCACAGUGCGGCAGUCGGACCCUUUGGAAACUUCACUCCUUGUGCCGGGAGAAGGGUUCAAGAAGGUUUUCCCAGUUACUCCUGAGGUAAAUGCUCCCACGCUUAAGAUGGGGACAGUUUGCUUAAGAUGGAGAAGAGAUGGUGGUUCUACUUCAACUGAAUCUGAAGUUGUGACCAAAUAUAGACUUGGUGAUAUUAAAGUGGAGUUGCCGCCGUUGGUUGUGAAUUUGGAGUGUCCACCUCACGCCAUCCUUGGCAAACCCUUCACGUAUUUUGUUAGGAUUCAGAAUGGGACACACUUGCUUCAGGAGAUCAAGUUCUUGUUGGCAGAUUCGCAGAGUUUUGUGUUAUCUGGGUCCCACAAUGAUAGGGUUUUCAUUUUGCCGAGGUCUGAGCAUAUUCUCAGUUACAAGCUUGUUCCGUUGGCCUCAGGUUCUCAACUUCUUCCCAGAGUUUCCGUGACCUCUGUGAGAUAUUCGGCUGGGUUUCAACCCUCGGUUGCUGCAUCCUCCAUUUUCGUGUUCCCCUCCGAGCCUCAUUUUGAGAUGACAGAUGUGGGAGUGAGGCCAGAAUCUAUUACAGCCAAGUAGAUACUAUUAUAGACCCGGAAACUCUGCAUAAAUUUGGUGUUAAGGAGAAACAGUAGUCGGAUUGCUCGAUGUAUCCUUCUUGUGAGUGCAUGACUCUGGUCGAUUGCUUGAUGGCUGGAUUUACUGUUUGUCAGGGAGCAAGAGUUUUGGCACUAUGUAUUUUUUAUAGUGAAUUUUUGGGAUGCUUCUCAAGCACAUACGUAUAGGUUGCCCCAUCUAGGGAAGUAUGUGUCCAAUGCCUUUUUUCUAGCAGAGUUGUUUACUUUGUUAGAAUUGUGAUUCUUUAUGGAGAUUGUAAUAAGAAAUGUCAGGAGGUUUGAGCAGGGGAGACGAGAUUGUAAACAUGGGCCACUAACUCUCGUAAUCUGCGUUGUUUGCUUAAUUCUACGUCACAGGAAUAAGCUUUUGCACAAA